AUGGACCUCAAUGACAAGACCCCAAAGGUUGCCAUUGUUACUGGCGCCGCAUCCGGCAUUGGAAAAGCUCUCGCAACGGAUCUCGUCUCCAAAGGAUGGCAUGUUGCGUGCUGCGACAUUGCAAGCGAAAAUGGCGAGGCCGUAGCAGCUGAACUCGGCGAGAAGGCAGUCUUCUACCAGCUCGAUGUAUGCGACUACGAUGCCCAAGCGAAUGUUUUCAGCCUGGUAUGGGAUAAAUGGGGUAGACUGGAUGCCUUGCUGGCCAACGCAGGACAUUCGGAUCGUGGCUCAAUUUACAUCUUUGAUCAUAGAGGAAAGGAUGAAAUACCGCCAAAACCGGAGCUGAAAUCAAUCAAAGCAUGCUAUGAGAGCUUUUUGUAUGGGGUUCAACUUGCGAUUCAUUUUAUGCGGAGGAACGAAACGCCUGGUGGACAGAUUGUCGCGACGUCAACCAUCGCAUCCAUUCAUCCACACCAGACGUUUCCCGAGUAUUGCGGUGCUAAAGCUGCAAAAGAAAAUAUCACCAUGAAUGCCGUGCUACCCGGUAUCGUGAUAACUGGUGCCGUUCCCCAGGCUUCCAUCGACGCCACUAGGCCAGAGCACAUUACACCUGUUGAGACGGUGGUAAGAGCAUACAAUUUGUGCCUGGACCAACGAGAUUUGAAUGGUCAACUCAUCGAGUGCUCAGCUGAUAAAACUAUGUUCUUGUCCGUGCCGGAGAUGGCGAACGGCACGACGACGAAGAGAGCUUGCACAGUGUGGGAACCCCUGUUCAAGGCAAAGCAUCACGAGAGGCGCCAAAAGGAAUUCGGUCUCCCACAGCCCAAAUGGCUGGCCUUGAACCUCUUCCUUCUUCAUCCUGUUCAUCUUUCUUAUCCUGAACCUGGAAUUUCAAUCCACCUGCCUAUCAACUUUCAAUACUUCGAAACGCUUAAUGACUGCCUAAUAACAAAGCUCGAGCUUGUCCUCGUCCCUGACCGCUCACUCAAAAUGUCAGGCCUCGAAGGGCUUGGAGCCUUGGGCUUGGCAUGUAGCAUAUUCCAGGUCAUAAGCUUCGGUCGCGAGACUCUGAGUCUGGUCAAAGACGUUUAUCGCCAUGGAACCCUCGAUGAAUCACUCAUGGACAAGAGCACCGCUAUACAAGGAGUGGCGUCCGACAUUAUUGCCGUGGACAUCCCGCAACCGGGCAAGCAAGAACGAAAACUGGUAGAUGUCACGAAGAAAUGCACCGGGGUUGCAAGAGACUUGCAAGAGGAGAUAGCCUUUCUCGUCGGGCAUAACGGGAAGGGCAGCCUCCGCACAACACUGAAAAUAGCAGCCAAGGCGAAUUGGCGUAAAAGGCGGCUCGAGAGGAUGGAGAAAGAUCUGGAUGAUUCGGAGCAGCUGAUGCACACGACUUUGCUGGCCUGGGUAUUUAAAUCAUUAAACAGAGCAAGCAUAGACAUCGAUUCUCUCGGGCAAGAAUUGCGGAACUUCGUGAUCAAAUAUCAGCAGGGUUCCAGAACAACCUCAGAGCUCGUGUCUAAAGAAGCUCUUCAGGUGCGAGAGGUCAUCGCACGAGAGUCCGAAAAGACCGAGAAGGGCCUCCGGGCCCACAUCACCCAGACUUCCGCAAAAUUUGAGCAGAAAUUCGAAAGAUAUGUCGAGCAGUCCAGCAUAGAACAGAUUCGAGAGAAAUUGCUCAAGAGCCUCAAGUACCCCGGCAUGAACGAACGAGCCAACCAGGUCGAGGAUGCCCAUGAACGAACUUUUCGCUGGCUUUUCGAGGAUGGAGACGAAUGGAGCGAAAGUGGCGAGGAGAGAUCCCACAGCAGCGGAUCUGAUGAGCUGGACGACGAUGCGCGGAGCGAACAUGGCUACACAGACGAUUCCUGGGAAGAUGUCACGGAUCAAGAAUACCCGCCCGAAAUGGUCUGGAGCAGCUUCACCGACUGGUUACAGUCGGAUCUCAGCAUCUACUGCAUUAUGGUCAACGUGACCGGACUAAAUCAGAAAGAUGACGAGACAGAUUGGUCGGUCCCGGAACUUGAACGAUUGUGCAUAGGGUUGAUACGAGAUUGCGGUCAGCCGAUGUGUCUCUUCAUUGACGGCCUUGAUGAAUGCGGCACAGAAGACAGCCACCAAAAUCUUCUGGCGCUUAUUGAGAAAAUCAUCUUGCUCGACGUCAAAUUCGUCGUCUCGAGCCGAGAUGAACCUAUCUUUGAAAAGCGUUUCAGACACGAGCCACAGCUUCGUGUGCAGGACCUGACAGCUGGGGAUUUAUACGUCUAUGCCAGAGACAUGCUUCCUCUUGGCCUCGAAAUUGACCUCCACAAUGAGCUGGUAGAGAAAGCCGAGGGAGUGUUUCUCUGGCUGGCUCUAGCGGGCCAGAGCAUCAACAGAGGCCUGACGAAUGCAGAUUCCCUCACGGAACUUCAUGCGAGGGUUAAAAGCUUGCCUAAGGGCUUGGAACAUCUGUACGAGGACAUGUGGGAAAGAUUAAACGAAGACCACAAGCUGUACCGAGAAAGUGCCGCUCUCUAUCUCAAGAUCGCCAUGGGCUUUUAUGACGAACAGCUCAUGUGCCCCCGUAUUCGCAACCACCUGGAGAUGAUGCUUGCCUCACACCCGAAGACUCAUAUCGUAUUUGCAAAAACGCCUCCCAUUUCGAUUGGCCAGUUGCUGAAGGAAUUUGACCACAGAGCUGAGGACAUUCUCAAACACGAUGGGACUUCUCCGGCGGACAUCACCGCAAGAAUUAUCAGGGCCAGUCUCAGGGCCAAUGAGAUCCUUGAUUCAAUGCUACGAAACAAAAUGGAGAAACAUGUAUUCGAGGAAUACUUGUGGACGAAAGACCUGCAGGGUUACCUUUCCGACCUGUCCCGCCCCGAAGCUGUCUCCGACGACGCUGCUAAAGAACUCUUUUCGCUCUGCUUCGAGCAAUACAUUUCAAAGCGUCUUCUGUUUUUCCACGAAGGAAUACAUUCCACACGAAUCGCAAGCUUCUUUGGACUUGCUUCUCAGUACCCCAGCUUGAAUCGCUACUCCAUUUCCAUCAUCGACAAGCAAUGCAUUGGAAGUGCUAGUAGGUCAGCGGUCAUGUUGUCUGUGGUCUUGUGCGCUGGCGAAAACAUCAUCGGACGCCAUCGUUACGACCUCCCUGUUGAGCUUCUUCGAUGGUUGCUUAGCCUACCUGGGGUCGAUGUCAAUGUCAAGUGCCCUUUGAUCCUAUUAGCCUCGGCCAGAGAAAAUAAUGAGCGGUAUACACUUGAAGAGACGAGUCCGCUUGACCACAUCAAAGUAUCGCCGUUCAUUGGGCUCCUAGCCACGGCUCUGCUGCAUCUGGCUUGGAACCUGGGUGGAGCGAAUGAGGACCGAAGUGAAGCAAUGCGAUUCAUACAAUGUAGCGAGAUUGGCGGACUUGGGUGGCGAAGCCUCUGA